AGCUUCCUGCAUGGUAGCCACCAUUAUACUUUUAUGAUACUCAUCAGUUUAAAAUUCUAUCUUUCGCAUUGAGCAAGCUCAUGUUAAGUUAUGGCUGGUACUGCAGUAUCAAGGUUUAGUUCUGUCUUUAGACGCCRGUCAGCUGUUGUCAUAGGGAUGAUUCAUGUAGAUGCUUUACCAGGCACUCCAAGGAAUCAUCUUCCUAUGUCUGAAAUAUUGGAAAAGGCGAAGUUAGAAGCACAGAUUUACAGGAAGGCUAACAUAGAUGCCAUUAUGGUUGAGAACAUGCAUGAUCUUCCAUAUCUAAAUCGUCAUGUUGGUCCAGAAAUUACAGCCGCUAUGAGUGUAAUAUGUACAGAAAUAAAGAGAGAAGCACCGCUUAUACCCUGUGGUAUCCAAGUGUUGACUGGUGCAAAUAAGGAAGCCAUUGCCAUUGCUAAAGCUGCUGGAUUACAAUUCAUAAGAGCYGAAGGKUUUGUUUUUUCACAUGUUGGYGAUGAAGGGUUGAUAAACUCUGAUGCUGGAGAGCUUUUAAGAUAUAGAAGGUUGAUUGAAGCAGAGGAUGUUCUUGUAUUUACUGACAUCAAGAAAAAACAUAGCUCACAUGCAAUAACCCAUGAUAUCGAUGUAGUCAACACAGCWAAGGCUGCAGAAUUCUUUCAAAGUGAYGGUGUUAUUGUCACKGGAAAUAGUACAGGUGAACCUGCAAACUACAAAGAGUUGCUAGCAGUACAAGAGGCUGUUUCUGUACCAGUGUURGUUGGGUCUGGAGUGAACAUUAGUAAUGUCAAACAGUAUCUUGGAGCUAAUGCUUUAAUUAUUGGCUCACACUUCAAAGAAGAUGGACAUUGGUCUAAGCCUGUGUGCUUUGAGCGUGUUAGAAGUUUUAUGGCUAAAGUUGAGACCAUUAGAAAAUAAUUUAGGAAUUUGCAGAUGCAACAGAGAGUAUUUGUAUUGAAUUCAGACACUAUUUUACAAUAAUCUCUGUUUAUCACAGUUAAAGCACUAGGGAAAUAUCAUCCAAGCAUUCAUACAUGUAUGAAAAAGUAUGUUAUAUUUAACACUUAUUUACUGGAACCGAGGGAAACAGUAUGUUUUGUGGUCCCAAGACCGCUGAUGUUUCCCGAAGUGAAGCUGAGGGAAACAUCAGCRGUCGAGGGACCGCAAAACAUACUGUUUCCCGAGGUUUCCAGUAAAUAAGUGCUUUAUUAUCAUAUCAAGUGUCAAAGAGAGCAAAAAACGUAAAUAAAUGAAGUGUUUUUAUUAAA